CAUUUAUUGAAUGAUAUUCAUAUAUUGAGAUCGACACCUAAUUCAUCGAGCUAGGCUUCCAUCUCUCUAGCUCAAACAGACACACUCUUCUCUCUCUCUCUUUAACUACUCGAGGAGAGUUUCAGAUCCAACCAACCAAGUUCCAUGGAAGGGGUCUCUGCAACCGUGCACAAAGGUCUGAGAGGAUACUGGCGACGGAGAGGCUACAAAAAGCUAAGCGGGAACGGGAAGAAGAGGAGGCGCGUGUGGCGGAGGAGGAUCAAAUUGGCUCCCAAGCUCAAGCUCCGAAUUACAAGAUUCCCAAAGUUUCUCGUUUGGCUUCGAGACGCCUAUGUCAACCUCAUGAUGCGAUUCGCCAACUCGCGCGUGUUUACUACCUCCUACGGCGGCUCCGUCUGUCACGGGGGCUCCUUCGGAACACGGCCGCUUAAGGAGUAUGAUGACAAGAUCAUCAUCGACAUCUACAAAUCCUUGAUGCUCUCCCAACCUCCCCCGCCACCCACCCACCUGAACUAGCCGCACAUAUUCUUUACCGCCAGUAAACCACAAGUAACCGCCCAAUGUUUCUUCUUACUUUUUUUAACCUUACAUGGAAACAAUAAGUGAAUAACCAAAUGUUGUUAUGUUCUCAAUUUCUUAUCUUUCUUUGAUGCCUUUUCUGCCUAUAGGUAAAUUAUUGUAAGCUCACACUAAGUUACGAUUAAACCUUUAUAAAUUCAUAGCUUUCGGGCCAGUAAAACGAUAAUAUAUGGUGGUGGGGCUCCAAAAAAACCACCAAGCCAUUGAUUUC